CUUAUCUUGGUUUCUGAAUUCAGUUGGUUCUCGGCUCUGAACAAUGGCUGUUCUCUUGAUUAUAGUCUUCCUGGUGCUGGCCUUUGCGGGAUACGUUGCCUACGUUGUCCAUACAAAAGGCAUCGACCCCAAGGACAUACGCAUUCGCAGUGUCCAGGACGCCAAGCGGCUGCUCCAGCCUCCGCCCAGCGGAAACGGCCCGCACAGAUACCUGGAGAAGAGGGCUUAAUGGAACUCACGUUUGGCCGGCGUGCUUGUGGCUCCCAGUGAAGUGUUGCCUCCGAAAAAGGACAUGGUGUCUGUUGCUUAAGAUUGAACGGUCUCCGAACAAUUUGGGAUGUCUUCCCUUGUUUUUUUCUCAAAAACACUAGCUUAAUUUAGAAAAAUUGUUCCUUAUCCUAAUAAACGUAAAAUUUUGGCGCUUGUCGUAUUAGAGGUGGACACGUACUAUGAUGAAAUCAUCGAUACAUCGAUAGACGAUGUAAGAACUGCAGCGCCAUCUGUGAGACGUGAUACUGAACAAAAAUAAACCACACUUAAAGAAACAAUUUCAUAAUUUUCCACAAUACAAAACACUCUUAAAUUGUCGAAUAUUUUUGGAUAUUAAUAUAAGCUUUUAAAAAUAAAGAGGACCCAAAGACGAAAUAAAAAUAGAAUAA